AUGGCGCGUAACCUCGAUGUCCGACCGACGGUUAAUGACUUCCAAGACGAAAAUCCAUGGGUGUCUCUAGCUAAAGCUCACUGGCUGAAGGCUAGCAAAGUGCGCAAAGCGAGGCCAGAGGUGGUCAAGAAUGAGAUUUGGGAUCCUCUGCAGCGUGAUGGAUUUCCUCUUCAUUCCCUUUUAAUACUAGAAAAUCUGCACAUUCUUGAGAGGAAUAAAGAGAAGGGAGCAUUUACCCAUUUGGAACGUAUACUCUCUAUGAAUCUCGACAAUACACUACCACUGCCUUCGAAAAUACAUCUUCUGUCUUUCGUCAUUGGUGCUUUUCAAUCUCUUGAAUGCAGCCAGAUUCGCAAAGAGUGUGCUCCACUGGUUUCCAUUGCUAUAUGGGACAAUCUUUUCAGCAAGGAAUCGAGGGACAAUUUGCUUCAGCAGUCAGCAGCACUGAAAAAGGCGUGGCGAUUGGCCGGCAAACGAUAUGACUCGGCAGAUGAGCAAGGGAAGUCGAGGAUACGAUUUGAAAGGUCAUGGCUAUACUCUAUGCUCAUUGAAUUUCUCCAACGUAUAAAUCCCGCCCAAGUCGAACGCAACAGCGAAGAUAAUAUUCGAUUUUGUGAAAGAUUUCUGGAACUAUUGGUGGACCUUGAGAGCCAGCUCCCUACUCGACGAUACGUGAAUGAAUUGUUGAAGGAUCUUAAUAUUUUAGCUGUUCUUCGCAAGAGCAAGCUCUAUAACGAUGAUAAAAAUACUCUAUUUAGGGAUUUUUAUGUUCUGCUACGGCGAUUUAUCAACUUCUCUAUUGAUGAUCAAACCGGCCAACAUCUGUCAGCGCAAGACGCCUACAACAUCCACUGUCAAGAAUUGGCACGUCUUCAAAGGACUGCACUUAAGCAUUUCAAAGAUGACUUAACGUUACUUGCAUUAGCAAACUACGGAUCACUUGAGCAACGGUCUGAGCUUGCGGAACAUCUCCGCAGCAUUGAUGAUUCGCAGUUGAAGCAGCUUUGCCACCUAUUGGGAUUCAGAACCUCCUAUCCUGAGCACACAAAUAUAGUACUUGACCGAGAGCUACUUCUGGAAAUACUCCUUCUAUAUUUCGAAAGACGGCCAACUUUCCAAGAAGCCACUGCAGAUGUCAGCAUUCUUCCCACUGAGGAGUCAUUAUAUGACCCCGCCUUGGUUCGAAAUGAAACAUAUGAUGGCUCUAGGCCUCUCGCGAUUCCAAAGCUGAACCUCCAAUAUCUCAGCCUAGGUGACUUUUUGUGGAGGUCAUUUCUUUUAUAUCGGUCCGAGUCUUUCUAUGAAAUUAAGAGCGACCUGGAAUCCAUUGUCAAGCGAAUGCAGCCAAAAUCGGGACAAGAUGGCAAGGUUUCAUUCGACGGGUUCUCUAGAAUGGCUUUGCCUAUUUCAAAGCCUGCUAUAAUCGAUGUGGCUCAGGCACGAGUAGGCUCUCUUCAUCCAGCCUAUGUUCGCGCAGAAAUAGCUCUCGAAGUUGGCCGGCUCGGUGACACUAUCCGACAAGAGUGGGAGUCGCUUCGGCCAGAUGAUGUUGUCUUUUUACUUUCAGUGACGCCCAAACAGGUAGAUAAGUCUAGCCUUGCAGCCAGCCAACGAUCAGAGUCUAGAAACAGCAUUAAUAUCUCUCACAUUCGAACUGGCACAGUGGUUCAAAUCCUGGAUGAGAAUGGGCGCCAGUUACGGGAUACUUCACAAGGAAGAGCUAACGGCUAUCCCCAACGACCUCGUCUAAUGAGACUUAUUGUGAACUUGGAUGCAGUUUCUUAUAAAGCUGAUCUAGACAGAGUACAAAAGGGCAAACCAGAUAUAUACGGCUUCAUAAAUGUGCUUGUACGCCGAAAAUCACGAGAGAACAACUUCCGACCUAUUUUAGAGACGAUGCGAUCAUUGACCAUUACCGAUGCAGAACUUCCGUCGUGGCUCCAGGAGGUUUUCCUGGGCUAUGGUGAUCCUGCCAGCGCGAGAUAUACAGAGCUUGAAAGCCGUGUGAAGUCUGUUGAUUAUCGAGAUACUUUCCUUGACUGGCAUCAUCUUGUGGAGAGCUUCCCAGGGCAGAAAAUGGAGCCGCCGGAAGGCUCUACGACCAUCUUUGGCCCCCCUUACGUUCUCGAAAUGGUUGAUGAGUCGCCAAAAGCCGAGACACUGAACCCUUCCAAGAAACGAAGAAGAGAUCAGGCAGAGUCAGUACAGCCAAUUUCCAAUUCUAUCAAAGUAUCUACAUAUAAACCUCCGAACCCUGGCCCCUAUCCCAUGGAUGCCCCGAAACUUAACCAAGUUCGAUUCACUCCUGCUCAGGUUGAAGCCAUUACCUCCGGGACUCAGCCAGGGUUGACGGUGAUAGUUGGUCCUCCAGGAACCGGCAAAACGGAUGUGAUUACCCAGAUUAUAAACAACAUAUACCAUAAUUUUCCCCAGGAGCGUACCCUGCUCAUUGCCCACAGCAACCAAGCACUCAACCAGCUAUUCCAAAAAAUUGUUGCGUUGGACAUUGACGAGCGCCAUUUACUUCGUCUUGGCCAUGGAGAGGAAGAGCUCGAGACAGAGUCUAAUUUUGGCAAAUUUGGCCGAGUCGAGUCAUUCCUUGAAAAUCGAGUAAAGUUCCUCUCAGAGGUCGACCGUCUCGCUGCUUCAAUUGGAGCCGAAGGAGCUCAUGGAAGUACCUGUGAAACAGCGGGGUAUUUUGAUACUGUCUAUAUACGUCCAGCAUGGAUCAAAUUUUGGGAUAAGGUGCGAUCCGAUGGUUCGACAAGUGAGGAAAUUAUCAAGCACUUCCCUUUCCACGGGUUUUUCUCCAACGCCCCUCAGCCCGUGUUCCCGGCAGAUGCCUCGAAAGAUACGCUCAUCGAUAUUGCCGAAGGUUGUGAGAGACAUAUAAGGAAACUCUUCUCUGAGCUGGAAGAUAUACGGCCAUUUGAGAUUCUACGACAACAGCGGGAUAAGGCCAACUAUCUGCUGAUUAAAGAGGCCAGAAUCAUUGCCAUGACCUCCACCCAUGCCGCUAUGAGACGACAGGAGAUUUCUGAUCUAGGCUUCCACUAUGACAGUGUGGUUAUGGAAGAAGCAGCACAGAUCACGGAGAUUGAAAGUGUGAUCCCAUGCAUGAUGCAGAAGACGAAGAAUGGAGAAUUCCCCCUGAAGCGGAUUGUGUUAUGCGGUGAUCACUUGCAGAACUCGCCGAUUGUCCAAAACAUAGCCUUUCGCCAGUACGCCAAUUUUGAACAAACGCUGUUCCUACGGUUGGUGAGGCUAGGUGUGCCUACCAUCAACCUUGACCAGCAGGGUCGGGCCCGCGCCUCCAUUGCCGAGUUGUUCAAAUGGCGGUAUGAGAAGCUAGGCAAUCUCCCCAUCGUCGAGAAUCAAGAGGAGUUCAAGCUUGCCAACGCCGGCUUCCGCUACGACUACCAGCUCAUCAACGUGCCAGACUACCAGGGCCAAGGUGAAAGGGAGCCGACUCCCCACUUUAUCCAGAAUCUCGGUGAGGCCGAAUACGCAGUUGGGAUUUACCAAUAUAUGCGAUUACUGGGGUAUCCGGCAUCGAAGAUCUCGAUUCUAGCCACAUACGCAGGACAGAAGGCAUUGAUCAAAGAUGUUCUGAGCCACAGGUGUGCAAAGAACUCUCUUUUCGGUAUGCCCAAAAUCGUCACAACGGUAGACAAGUACCAGGGCGAACAGAAUGACUACAUCAUUCUUUCUCUCACCCGCACUAAGUCUGUGGGCUACCUGCGAGACGUACGACGGCUUACUGUAGCAUUAUCUCGAGCACGCUUGGGUCUUUACAUUCUCGGCCGUCGAGAGGUUUUUGAAUCCUGCUUUGAGCUCAAGCCUGCAUUUGAUAUUCUGGGUCAACGCCCAGAUAAGCUGAUGCUUAUACCCAACGAGAUGUUCCCGGCAACCAGGGCGGUAGAUUCUGCAGACAACGAGGGCACUCCCAUGGAGAACCUUGAGCAUCUUGGACAGUAUGUAUUCGAGAUGACGCAGGCCAAAGUAAAGGCUCUUGGGGUGGAGACGACCGUUGUUGAAGCUGGAGAUGAAAAUGACGUGCCAGCAAGAGAGUCCGACGAUGAAGACGAUACUGCACGCGAAGGUGCUAUUGAGUAG